GAACAAUACCGCAAAACACCACAUUGCCCAAUGUCCGCCAUGGCAACAGCCAGGCUAUCUCCGACAGCAAAUCUGCUGCGGAAGUCUCGCCUUUUCGCUCUUCCACAGGCUCUGACGCCACCCCCGACUCCGCCGACCUCGAAAAAUGUCAACGAAUCCGAGACCGCAACCCUUCCUCAUCCUAUCCGAGCGUCCAUCGUCACACCGUCGUCUUCUCUUUCUAGGGGUGACUGGGGUCUGAAGAGGCCUCUCCCCGCCAAAUCGACGUCCGAAAGAUCUUCCAGGCCUGUGGUCAGAGUCAAUGCACUCGAUACCUUCGAACACAUCACGGACUUCGAGUCCGCGGCCGACCAUACGGUGACCCUGGAGAAAUUCCAGGAGCUUAACAUGCCGGUUUCGCUCCCCGCGAGAGUCACUUACGGAACCAGCAUCAUCCCCAGACACCAGAGUCCAUUCGAGUCGCAUGUCGACAAUACACAUACUAGCGAAGGCCUAAAGGAGCCCGGCGCGAGGCAGUUCAGGCACUCUGGGCCCUGGCUUGCCGGGCAGACGGAGGCCGAGUUCCAGGCAUACUUGAAGAAGGUCCGGAAGAACAAGCCAGAGAUCCUACAGAAGCUUCGCGAAUAUUUCGUCGCCAAGCGCGAAGCCGAACAAAGGAAGCAGGCACAAGAUAAUGGCCAGGAUCUGGCAACUCUCCGACCUGUCGAGAUCACCGACGAAGAAUUCCAGGGCUAUCUUAAGAAGCUCCGCACGGAUCCGUUCUCACUGGGUCCUGUUGUCUUUGAGCUUCUGGAUCUGCCGUCUCCUCCGGCUGUACCGAGCAGCCGACUCAACAACCCAUACUACCAGUCCCCCGGCAGCAAGCUCUCUUCCGCAGAGUAUGUCGCAUCCGGACCUCCAAGGACGCAUCCCUCGGCGGGUCUGUCUUACACGAGAUCGCACGCUUUGAUCUACAACCACCCCAAGUAUGGACCCCAGGCCCACCAACGCCCGGUGGAGGCACGUAUCUUGCGCCCCAGAGGACGGAAGGGCAAGAACACGAAGGCAAUUGCGGGUGUUGCGGGUAUUGCCGUGGAAGACUUGAACACCGUCACCUUCACUGAGCAGGACUCUCCGGCUGGCCUUGCCUACUUUGACGCCUCUAUCCCCGGUGGUGCUAAGUACUGGGCCACUCCCAUCCGGGCCUUUGUCGACUCGGAAGGCAAGAUUGGCCUGGCCUCUUACCGCGCUAGCGCCACUGCUAAGGCCCCCUACGGAAUCGAUAGCCAGAAGAAGCCCGGAUCGUACAGCAUCUCUGACGUGGCUCGCGGCGACCAGCGCGUGGUCCCGAGACUGGAUAGACAGCGGAACGCCGCAGCGGAGACCGAGGAGGUUGCGCGGAACCUCAUGAAGAGCCUUGGCUCAUAGAGUACUGGCAUUUCAUUCCCGAACAACUUUCGUCCCAUGUGUCAGAUAUGUUCCAUCUUCCACUUAGAGAGUUUUGCUGUAUGAUUAGGUUUCUGGAUGGUAAAUGUAUAGUUAUUUCUUUGCACUUUUUCUCAUUUCUUUGUGAUAUAAGCCGGCUACAUCUCAUUUGAAGUAUAAAUAAAUUGCAAACAUCAAAGACGUCUCAG